UCCACUGGUCACCUGGAGGGAGGGGUGUGUUUCUGCCAGUACGUCUCCCAGCAGCUCAGCAGGGGAGAAUGGACAUAGGGAGGAAGAAUUUACAAAGAUAUCAGCAUGCUUUAAUUGUCCAAAAUAUGUCAGUGCGACUACUCUUCAUCGCUGUAUCAUCAAUUGAGUUUUCCAUAGAUCAUGGAGCCAAUGAGUUCACUGGAGACAACAGACAGUCAGCCACAUUCUGCUGUCUCACUGUCUCCCACUGUUCCUCCUGCCUUGAGAGGUGUUGAGAGUUACCAUGUCUUCAUUAGCUACAGCAGCUCUGACCACCAAUGGACCCACUCCCUCAUCAGCCAGCUGGAGUCCUGUGGCCUGUACGUCUGCUACCACGAGCGUGACUUCACUCCUGGCCGCACCGUGCUGGAGAACAUGUCCCAGUGCAUCCAGGAGAGCCAGAAGGUGCUGCUGGUUCUCAGCCCAGAGUUUGUGAGGAGCCGCUGGUGUCUCCUGGAGGCCAACAUGUCUCUGUUCAGAGACUGUCUGGAGAGGAAGCCCAUCAUCCCAGUGCUGCUGCAGCCGGGAGUCUCAGUUCCUCUCCACCUCUGCCACCUCACCUACCUGGAGGCCAACGACCCCGACUUAAUGAGUAAGCUGCUCAAAGUGCUGUGCACCCCAAACCAGCAGCUUCAAAGCUCCACUGUGAUGCCCUUCCAGCCUCCCUCCAUCUACAAUGGGAAGGCCCUGCAGCCUUUGAUAGCUGCCAAUGAUGAGGAACUCAAUAAAUGGGAUUGUGGUCAGUUCAGUGACAUGGAGGUGCCAGACCAACUGCGUCUGAUCAUUGAGGACCAGGAGAAGUACAGAGAAGCUUUGAGGAUCAUCAACAGUGUCUCUCAACAUAAAGUGUGGCUCCGCCCAGUCUGGCUUAGAGCAGUGGUGUGCAUUAUUGGUGUAAUAGUGUUUUUAGGCCUCAUAGCUAAUUUUGGAUACAUGAUGGGAUAUAUAUAUAGAUAUUAUUGUAUGACAAACCCAGACCCAUCUCCAUUAUGUUUAGUCAGUAGCUUUAGUAUCAUCAGUGUUCCAUUGGGGCUGAUUAUUCAGCUCUGCCUCUGGAAGAAGGAUGAUGAAAAGUACAUUUUGAGAGAGAUGAAGAAAGCUGUGGGUCAGGCAAACACAAUCCUCGGUGAAGAGAAGCUGUUAAUGGGCUGUCGGUCCAAUUCAAAAAUCUACCUGGUGUAUGUUUCUCUAGAUGGUUGCAAAGAUGAGUUUGCAGAAACCUUUUCUGAGCAGGCUGGUGCUGAGGACAUGUUUCACAGAGCUAUGACCUUCUUCUCAUCAGGUUACGCCUGCUGCCUCGCUAAAAGACACUUUCCUUUUCCUCAGCCCAGCUCCACUGGUCACCUGGAAGGAGGGGUGUGUUUCUGCCAGUACGUCUCCCAGCAGCUCAGCAGGGGAGAAUGGACAUAGGGAGGAAGAAUUUACAAAGAUAUCAGCAUGCUUUAAUUGUCCAAUAUAUGUCAGGUAAAUUGUCUCAAAAGAUCUCAUUACUAUUUAACACCAAUUAUCAUGCACUCCCUCCAUAAUCCUGAUACACCGGCAACCUGCCGACUUGCAGAGUGAGUGGAGUCAGAUGAGAAACAGAGAGAUUUUAAAGGGGAAGUGACCUAAUCUAUAUAAGAAGCCCUUGGCACAGUGGAACUGAUUCGGUUCCUUUAACUAAACCGAAAGCAGAACAUGUGCAAAUUUUCUUUGUCUGCACAUCCUGACUUUACGUUCCAUUUCUUUCUCAUCCACACAGUGCGACUACUCUUCAUCGCUGUAUCAUCAAUUGGUAUGAUUGAUCUUUACCCUGUUCUUUGUGCUGUGCUUUUAUUGUGUUUAUAGUUUUAGUCUCUAAAAGGAUGUGUGGGGAAGUAUUGUUUUCUUUGUUUUUCAUUAGUCAUUUUUGUCAAAUCAGUUGAAGCCUGAAAGCUGAGAUGUCACAAAGCAGUUAGGACAUGAAUUUGCUUCAGUGAUAAAAGUUUCAUGUUUGCUAGUGUCCUUUGGACUUUGUAUUUCUCAACAACGUUUCACUUUAGUUGAUUUGAUUACAGGAUAACAGCCACACAUCUUUUUGCAUUUUCUGGCUACUUACUCUAUGUUAAGCCUCAGUGAAUUGCCUAAGUACAUUUUAGUCUGCAGCAGGCAAAAUUACAUUUUACUUUAAAGAUUUUGAAAUGUAUUAAUUUACUUGAAAUGAAAUGAACCAAUUUGUUGUCUGUGUUUUGUUCUUUAAUAUAUUGUGGUAUGUGUAACCAUAAUUUUAAUGACAGGCACGUUUAGCAUGACGCUUAACUCUACCUGAGAAUCUUUUGUACGUGUUACAUGAGUAACUAACAGAUUGACUUUUUCCCGAAGUAUUCGUUUCUGAUUUAUAUCUGUUUCUAAGUGAUUUAGAUAUUAUUCUGUUUCAUAUGAUAUUUACAGUCUGUUUAUACUAAAAAUCCAAAACACAAUGAGCUUUGACACAACAGUGCAUUCUUUAACAGACCACGUCGUUUACACAGCUCUCAUUUCCACUUCAAUUCAUUAUUUAAUGUAAAAACUUAGCUGUAACUUACAUCACAAUUUAACUUGAAGUAAUUUCAUUGCUGAGCAGCAUGAUCACUGAGCAUCUUGAAAUUAGUAAUUUUUACUCUUGGGGUCACUCAUAUAAGACAACAUGGGUAUAAGAAAUAUUGCAAAAGAUGAAUUACAUUUCAUUUCUUACUUAACUUUUCUUCUAACUUCAGAGUUUUCCAUAGAUCAUGGAGCCAAUGAGUUCACUGGAGACAACAGACAGUCAGCCACAUUCUGCUGUCUCACUGUCUCCCAAUGUUCCUCCUGCCUUGAGAGGUGUUGAGAGUUACCAUGUCUUCAUUAGCUACAGCAGCUCUGACCACCAAUGGACCCACUCCCUCAUCAGCCAGCUGGAGUCCUGUGGCCUGUACGUCUGCUACCACGAGCGUGACUUCACUCCUGGCCGCACCGUGCUGGAGAACAUGUCCCAGUGCAUCCAGGAGAGCCAGAAGGUGCUGCUGGUUCUCAGCCCAGAGUUUGUGAGGAGCCGCUGGUGUCUCCUGGAGGCCAACAUGUCUCUGUUCAGAGACUGUCUGGAGAGGAAGCCCAUCAUCCCAGUGCUGCUGCAGCCGGGAGUCUCAGUUCCUCUCCACCUCUGCCACCUCACCUACCUGGAGGCCAACGACCCCGAUUUAAUGAGUAAGCUGCUCAAAGUGCUGUGCACCCCAAACCAGCAGCUUCAAAGCUCCACUGUGAUGCCCUUCCAGCCUCCCUCCAUCUACAAUGGGAAGGCCCUGCAGCCUUUGAUAGCUGCCAAUGAUGAGGAACUCAAUAAAUGGGAUUGUGGUCAGUUCAGUGACAUGGAGGUGCCAGACCAACUGCGUCUGAUCAUUGAGGACCAGGAGAAGUACAGAGAAGCUUUGAGGAUCAUCAACAGCGUCUCUCAAAAUAAAGUGUGGCUCCGCCCAGUCUGGCUUAGAGCAGUGAUUUACAUUAUUGGUAUAAUAGUGUUUUUAGGCCUCCUAGCUAAUUUUGUAUACAUGAUAUCAGUUAUAGUUAAAGAUUAUUGUGUGACAAGGCCAGGCCCAUCUCCAUUAUGUUUUGUCAGUAUCUUUAGUAUCUUCAGUGUUCCAUUGGGGCUGAUUAUUCAGCUUGGUCUCUGGAUGAAGGAUGAUGAAAAGUUCAUCCUGAGAGAGAUGCAGAAAGCUGUGGGUCAGGCAAACACAAUCCUCGGUGAAGAGAAGCUGUUAAUGGGCUGUCGGUCCAAUUCAAAAAUCUACCUGGUGUAUGUUUCUCUAGAUGGUUGCAAAGAUGAGUUUGCAGAAACCUUUUCUGAGCAGGUUGGUUCUGAGGACAUGUUUCACAGAGCUAUGACCUUCUUCUCAUCAGGUUACGCCUGCUGCCUCGCUAAAAGACACUUUCCUUUUCCUCAGCCCAGCUCCACUGGUCACCUGGAGGGAGGGGUGUGUUUCUGUCAGUACGUCUCGCAGCAGCUCAGCAGUGGAGAAUGGACAUAGGGAGGAAGGAUUUACAAAGAAGUUUAGGCUUCCUAUUCAUUCGAAUAUCUAUCAGAGAGUAAGAUGCUAGGCACAAGUAUUACCAUGUUGCAGGUAUAUAUAAAUAUCCAGACUCACAUGCAAAGAAGCAGUUGAGUACACAAUAACAUUAUUGGACCAGUCCAUCCCUUAAAAAUGCACACUAACACAGAGUUACCUUUAGGGUUUAACUGUAGUGUUUUAUUGUGUCUUUUUCCUUCCAUUAUUUGUUACAAAUUUUAAGUUAUACAAUAAACACACAUAUAUUGUGUCAUAUCAAACACUUCCUUCAUUUUUGUUACAAGAAUUUGUGAAUUUGGACACCUAUUGGACAUGAACAGAAUUACACCCACAAAUUUGGCAAUGAAAUAUCAGGUAAAAACUCAUAUGAUUAACCAAAUUAUGCAAUAUGCCCAACAAUUUUACCAGGGCAAAGAGGUUCAGACCAAGUGUAUAUCUAUAGCAAUUUUUAAAUGUUGUACUACAAUAUGAACACCCACAAGAAUAAUGAAACAAAAAACAAUAAGUCUACUUGUUUUUUAUAUAAACCAAGGGAAUUUUAAGCAGUCGUUUUCUGUUUUCUAGCCCUUUUUAAUAUUGAGUGCACUCAAGUUCCUUCCACCACCCUUAAUGAGGUAAACUCUCCGUCCUGGCUCUCAGGAGUGAGGGAGUGAGGAGGAUGCGUGAGUGUGAGUGCGAUAAGAAGUCGUUUGUUGAAACAUUUUCUGACCAGGUUGGGGCUGAGGACAUGUUUCACAGAGCUAUGACCUUUUCCUUCUUCUCCGUACAGCAGAGCAGGGGAUAAUGAACAUGUCAAAUAUGAUUAUGGGUAAAAAAAUAUUAACACCAAAAGUACCUGAAGUAAAUUCUCUGUAAAGUGUUGGUUAUAUUAUAAAGAAGUACCCAUUGAUACCAAUAAUUCUUAAGCAAGCACUUUAUAAUUAUAUCUAAUAAAACAACAUUCAACCUGUGCUAUCUUGACUAACCAGUGCUAUUUAAAGCCCAGUGACUUAAUUUGUGUAGUUAAACUCUUCGCCCAGCAGUACGCUGACUGUUACUUUAACCAACUUAAAAGCAAAAGAGUGAUGAUAAGUUCCUGUUUCUAAUUCCCUAUUUUCUUUUGCUUCAUGCUCUUCCACAGUGGUCUCACUCUCAUUCCACUCUCAUUCCAAUAGAUUUGCUUGACUUUCAUGUAUCUUGAAUACAUGAAAGUCAUCAUCUUUUUUUUUUCCAAUUGUAAAUAAGUACAGACCUGUUUUUCUCUCAAUAUGUCUCCCAGCAACAGAGAACACUGCAUUGUAGUUAUUAGCAACAAUAUGGAGCUGGGACCACUGUAUGAGGAAAUAGGUACAUUAAAGAAGAGUUCCAGUAUUUUUCAACCUGGGCCCUACUUUUAUAAAUGUAUGUAAAUGUAAAUAAAUGGUUCUUACAAUAACUUUUGGAAUAAUUUACGAAUUAUGAAUUAAUUUACCAAUAUAAUAUUGUAAGUGUCUGGCAGCCUUACAUGUUUUGCUGAAUGAGAAGUCCCAAGCUUGUGUCUUGUGAAACUUGGGCAGUGGCAGCAAGGAAACGAGAGUGAGAGCGAGAGAGAGAGAGAGAGAGUUGCAGAGAGGAGUUUGGAUUUCAAUGAGAGAAAUAAUUAUGGCUGAAUCUUUUGUCUGAUGUGGACAGUGUCGAUGAAAUCUUGACUGAGUGAUCAAAGAGCUUUACCCCACUUUAAAGGACAAAUAAUGAACUUCUGUGAUUCAAUUGAUCCUGAACAGCUCAAACAAGUCUCUGCAAAAAGCAACAAAUCAGACCACUUUUUCAGAUCACUUGUAUGACACGUCACUAUUUAGGACAAAAACCAUAGACUCUGUGUGCAAAGACCUUUAGUCAAGAGUCAGCAUGUGCAGUAAAAUGAUUACCACUCUCUCUCACCUGUGCCUUUUCAUUACCCACUUUCCCAGACACACAAGUUGAAAAUCGAAAUUGGCUGUACAGGUGUGAACUUGCUUGACGGAGCUUUACUCCAUCGACCAUUUCAUUCACCUGUGUCUGGGAACAAAGGCUAAUAUGAAAUGCUGAUUUAUUUGUACAUAUAUACAAUAUACCCACAAGUCAAUUUCAUGCUGCUUUCUAAUAGACAGUUUACUGUCCAUCUGUCUGUACUGGUGUAAUUUACAGAGUCCCAAGAUAUGAUGUCUUUUGAGCAAAACAGCAAGUUUGAGUGCAUGUGCAGUACAGUGUAAACGUCAUUAUGGCAAUACCCCAUUAAAUCAAAUUGAAUUAGGCCUUUGACAUGUAAGAAUGAACAGCUGAAACCCAGCGGCUCUGUUGUAGUAUGAUGUCCUCUUGGUUACAUGGUUUCUCCACAGUUACACAAGAGAAAGAUAUAUAUGAGUGGAAUCCUUGAGGGGAGGGAUUCAGGGAGGAGGGUAUA